AUGGCUUCGCCUCCGUACCCGACAUAUCGCUCUUUCAAGAAACGUACUGAACGUACCAGUGAGUUCAGGCGGCCCACCGCGUCCAGUUUGAUGGCUCAAUUCUCCUCUGCUGCGGGCUCCGCUUCAGAGGCGCCGCUCCCGACUCCCGGUCUCCCAGAAUCCCAGGCUCCCAGAAAGAGAAAAAAGCGCAAUUUCUUUACCUCCUAA